CUGCUGUCACCUCUACGUUACUCUACCAAAUGGUCGGGUUAUACUUGUGUGGGUGUAGAAUAUUGAGGUUAUAGCGAAUUGAAUUAAAAAUAAUUUAUUGAAUUUAGACUGUAUAAAUAACUGCUCAAUGAAAAACCGUCCAAAAUGGCUCUGCUCGGCGCUCAACUGGUUAUAACUCUAAUAAUGGUCUCAGUGAUUCAAAAACUGGGGAAUUAUUCGUUCGCAAGGUGGUUAUUAUGUUCGACAGGGUUGUACCGGUACUUGUAUCCUGAUAACAAUGAGUUGAAGGCUUUGGCUGGUGUUCCUAAAGACAAGCUAAAGGGGAAGAAAGGGGGAAAACAUGAGCCGAAUGGGAAGGCGGAGACGUUUCAUGUUCCGCGGAGCCUUGAGAUACAGCUGGAGACGGCACCGGUGACGGCACUGGACGUGAUACACCUGAGAUAUUACACGGAGUAUCAGUGGAUAGUAGAUUUUUCACUUUACACAAGUAUUGUGUAUAUUUUGUCAGAGAUGUACACUUCAAUAUUUCCGCUGAAAGAUGAGUUCAACCUGAGUAUGGUGUGGUGCUUGCUGGUGGUUCUCUUCUCAUUUAAAAUCCUGCUCACCCUAACCAAGCAGUACUUCACCAGCGAGGAAUCCAUCGGGGAACGCUCCACCUGCAUCGUGGCCUUCUGCGUGUUCCUCCUCAUCGCUAUGAUGGUGCUGAUUGUGGACGAGAGCAACCUGGAGGUCGGGGUGGACCCGGCUUAUGACAGCUUUUAUGAGAACGCGCAUAAGUUUCUGGAGAAUCAGGGGCUGUCUUCUGUAGGGCCAGCAUCCAAGUUGAUCUUAAAGUUCUCAUUCGCUAUCUGGGCCGCCAUCAUCGGGACCCUGUUCACGUUCCCUGGACUCCGAGUGGCCAGGAUGCAUUGGGACUCGUUAAGAUACUACGGCGACAACAAAUUGAAGAGUUUCCUCCUGAACGCCAACUUCGCAAUGCCUUUCGUGCUGGCGCUGCUGUGGGUACGACCCGUGACGAGGCACUAUCUCACAGUCCGCGUGUUUAGCGGCAUGGAAAAACCUAUAAUGACAGGUGGCGCCUUCGACACCCUCCGUUUGACUCUAGUUGCAGCAUCAGUAGUUUUACGUCUAAGUCUGAUGCCACGACAACUGCAGUCCUACCUCGACAUGGCGCAGAGGAGAUUAGACGCGCAAAGAAAAGAGGCUGGUCGAAUUACUAACGUGGAUCUACAGAAAAAGGUGGCCUCAGUAUUCUACUACCUCUGCGUAGUCGCGCUCCAAUACAUAUGCCCCAUCAUAAUGUGUCUCUACUUCGCGCUUAUGUACAAAACAUUAGGCGGUUACGGCUGGGCCGACCUGUUCUAUGAGAGGAACGAAAUGUGCAGUCCCGAAGAAAAGGUCCUUCCAGAAGAACUAGAUUUAGAGCAGUAUCAGAUGGCUUGGGAGAAUCUUAAGAUGGUAUUUACUCAAGAAGUAUACCGAGGCGUGUUCGGGUUCGCGACUUGGUGGUCGCUUUUCGCAUGGUUCGCGACAACAUCGCUGGGUCUUGCCUACCAGACGUACUUCCGCAUCUCGUGAUACCCUGGUACCAUCAGAUUUUGUUACAGUAGGAUUUUGAAUCUUGUUUUAUAGGUUUAAGGUCCAAAAUGAGAACCGCAGUAGAUUCAGAUCUGAGGCCUAUUACAUAAUAGAAUACAAGCUAAUACUAUUAGUGAUUUUACGUACAUAAUCACUAAUAGCAUUAGCUUGUAUUUUAUUAUGCAACAGGCCCCUGGAAAUACUUUAAAAAAUACUAUUUUUCUCGUCUACUACCUACUAUUGUAUCCUGAAUAAUCAACGCUGUGACAAAAAAUAAUUGAACGGGAUUUGUCGCGGAGAAUCGCACAUUUUGCAAAACAAAUAAAUUGUAUAAUGUGGACGUGUCUUUUAAAUCCGCUGGCAACACUAACCUCUAUGAUUGUCUAUAUUCAUAAACAAUGGAUACAAACGUUCAAAAAGUGCCGUACGCCAUUAAAUAAGAUCCAUAAAACAAACGUUUUGGGAAUUAAUUCUUCAAAAAAAUCUAAUUUGAUUGACCUACCGAUAGUGUUUUUGGCUAUUAUAGUUAUAUAAGACACAACCAGAAUUCCUGUGUUCUUAAGACAGUAAAGCCAAGCAAACUUACGGCUCAAAAUUAAUAGUAUGUAUGUAUAAACUCUUUAUAGUACAAAACACAAAUAUGGCACAGGAUACGCAGGAAAGGCGAAUUGCAUUGUGGUCAGGAGAGUAGUACCUUUACUCACAUUUUUAUUAAUAUGUAUGAAUGUUCAAUAAUUUCAAAAUGUAGAUUAUUAUAUUUUUCUUGGUUUGUUCGGCUAUUGAUUGACGUUUAAUUUGUAUUGUGUUUUAAGACUGCGUUUGUGUAUAUUCCCAGUCGGUUUCUGUUGAAAACUGUUGGUAUUAUGUUUAGCCAAUUUUGCAUUUGACUUUAAAAUUUAGAAAAUUGUGUCAAAAUCUCUAUUUAUUAGUGCUUCUAGUCUAGUCAUAUUGUUCAGUCAGCAUAUUACCUUCGUAAGAAUAACCUUCUUAUGCACAAUAUCUUACUUUUAUCGUUGGCUGUACUGUUUGUGUAGAUAAAGUAGAUAUAACUCCCCUUUUCUUUUUUAUUUAUUAUGAUUAAGUAUAAAUUACAAUUUGUGGAAUUUUUGAUUAGAAAAUAACUGAGAUUCAUCAAAUGUAAGUAAGUUGAUACAGUCUGACCAUUUGUAAACUUUAAAACUGUGAAAUUAGGUUAUUUUAAGUGUUAUCAUUUAUCAACCUUAACUAACAUUUGAAAACUCAUUCCAAUGUCACUUACGCUUGUUAUACAAUAGGGCAAAAUUAUUUGGCCCUUUGCGUUGCCACGCCCAUUCAAAAAACGUCCCGUUUUCAAAACAUCCCUUUCAUUGAGUGCAGUGGCGUAUCGUGAACCAAUCUAGCCACAUCUGCGAGGCCCUUUUCAAUGUGUCUUCCCAAGGUAAUAAAAAGGUUGGCUUUGAAAGGCCCCCCUAAGUGCGAGGGUGUGGGCGAAGGCCCCAUUCGCCCACGCCUAGCUACGCCACAGAUUGAGUGCCACUUUCGGAAAAUGCCACAUUUGCAAAAUAGGCUACUUAGGUAUAAAAACUGAGUUUAAAAAAAGGUUACUUCUUUUUUGUGGAAGCUACAUACUACAUUAAAGUGCAUCAAUAUCUGAUGAUAAUAAAUUUAGUUAGUCUCAUUCAAAAAGACUCACUUUUUGAAACGAUAUCUUGCAAAUUAUGACAAACAUUUAUUAAGAUGCAAAAUUUUGCAAAUGUGGCAUUUUAUAAACAAGAGGUUUGGCAAUUGGGGCAUUUGCAGAGACGUGCGCUCCGGCGUGCGAGUGGUCAUCGCUAUAUACAUGCAUAGCGCUGUCUCGCUCACACAUCACAUUGUAACCGCGCAAAGUCAGCUUUACUUCUCUUGGCAGUGUGUGGACACCAGACUAGCAUGAGUUACAUUGUCCAUACUUGAAGUCGCGCUUGACAUAUGGAAUCGCGCGCGACAACGCAAGUCAUGCUAGCAGAUCAGUUAGUGUACUAACAUGACACGGAUCUAGUAGCUGUAAGCAUUUGUAUUUACUAAUUUAUAUUGGACUGUUUUAAAUAAAUAUUUGAGUUAUUA